AUGGCCCCCGCCGACACUGCCGCCAUCCCCAAGGAUGCCCUCUCCGCGAACCAGCCCAUUGUAAUCAGCGGCCCCUCUGGCGCUGGAAAGUCGACCAUCCUGUCCCGCCUCUUUGAAGAGUUUCCUGGAAAGUUCGGCUUCAGCAUAUCGCACACGACGCGGGCGCCGCGAGGGAACGAGCAGAAUGGCAAGGAGUACUACUUUGUGACCAAGGAAGAGUUCCUGGACCUGGUAGAGAAGAAGGGGUUUGUGGAGCAUGCGCAGUUCGGGGGCAACCACUAUGGAACCAGCAUCAAGGCGAUCGACGAUAUUACCGAGAAGGGCCAGAUUUGCAUUCUGGAUAUCGAGAUGGAGGGCGUUAAGCAGGUCGCAAACCACCCUACAUUCCCCCGUCCGCGAUUCCUGUUCUUGCAGCCACCAUCGAUGGAGGUCCUAGAACAGCGACUGAGGAGCCGGGCGACGGACAAGGAAGAGGCUAUUCUCAAGAGGCUCAACCAGGCCCAGGUCGAGAUGGAAUUUGCGCACAGCGGAGAGGCGCCGCAUGACAAGAUUGUCAUCAACGAGGACCUGGACAAGGCGUACAAGGAGGUCAGGGAUUUCAUUGUCGGCGCCGACGCAUAG